AUGUUGUUCCUUGUCUGUGCACAGAAGGAAGCCGAUACCAAGGAACGGUCUGUGUUCGAUAUUCCGAUCUUCACGGAGGAGUUUCUGAAUCACAGUAAAGCGCGGGAAGCCGAACUCCGUCAGCUGCGCAAGUCCAACAUGGAGUUUGAGGAAAGGAACGCCGCCCUGCAGAAGCACGUGGAGAGCAUGCGCACGGCCGUGGAGAAGCUGGAGGUGGACGUGAUCCAGGAGCGCAGCCGCAACACCGUCCUGCAGCAGCAUCUGGAAACCCUGCGGCAGGCUCUCACCAGCAGCUUUGCCGGAGUCCCCUUGCCAGGAAGUGGCGAGACCCCCACAAUGGACACUAUUGAUUCCUAUAUGAAUAGACUGCACAGUAUUAUUCUGGGAAACCCUCAGGAGAACGAGACCCUCAUAGCCACAGUCCGAGAGGUUGUAAACCGCCUCGAACGCUAGCGAGCCCUUCCUCUCUUACGUCACGCUUGCUGGGGCCGAGAGGGGAGAAGUCGCUGACCUCUGAAACGAGCGGUUUGGCUCUCUUAGUCAGAUUUCAGAUCCCCGGGGACUGGAUUUCGGGUGUCAAUCUUCCACAUUUUGGGUGAAAUUGGACCGAGCGCGGCAAUUCCAUGGCAGCAACCAUACACUCGCCGCGCACACAAAGGUAUUUCUGAUAUUGCGACGAUGUGUAAUUUUCACAGCUGUAUUUCCCUCCAAAAAGGACACUUUUAGCGUCGCAGUUGGUAUUUAAAAGGGAGAACAAAUCCGGUCUUCCCACAUUCCUGCCAGCAGUGAUCAUCCACGCUUGUGUUCCAAGCAGAACUGAAGCGGCUCUACUCUCCCCCCCCCUUCCCGUUUCCCAGUUGAAAGCCCUACCCCGCAUUAUUUGUUCCAAAUGCACACGGCUGAUGCUUGCACCCCACGUUUUGGAAUUUGCCUUUAUAAAAUCAAACGGUUGUUUUAA